AUGAGCUCAAAGUCCGCCGCUGCCUCCGCUGCCGCCAAGAAGUUCUUCUUCUACCACGGCCACCGCCGCCCUUCCCAGAACCGCCCCGUCGUCCGCGGCGGCCUCUUCACCAACCGGAUCGCCGCCGCCAUCCCCCCCCCUCACCGCCGCCUCCCCACCGCCGCCGUUGACUUCCGCGACUGGGACCCAGAUCACCGCCCUUCCCUCCCUGGUGACCGCCGCCGGUGCCCAACUGGGCUUCCUUCUUCCUCCUCCGCCGCUGCCCAGUCCCUCUCCCCCAUCGCCCGCUAUAUCUGCGACUCCCUCCGCCGCCACGGCGGCUGGUGUGCCGCCGUCCUCUCCGACCUCCGCAAGCUCCGCCGCGUCUCUCCAGAGCUGGUGGCGGAGGUCCUCAAGCUCCAGCUCGACCCCGCCGUCUCCUCCCGCUUCUUCCACUGGGCCGGCAAGCAGAAGGGCUACCGCCACUCCUUCGCCGCCUACAACGCUCUCGCCCACGCCCUCUCUCGCUCCGGCCGUCACCGCGCCGCCGACCAGGUGCCGGAGCUCAUGGCCGCCCAGGGCAAACCCCCCACCGAGAAGCAGUUCGAGAUUCUCAUCCGCUUCCACGCCGCCGCCGGCCGCGGCCUCCAUAUCCACCAACUGUUCGACAAGAUGCGCCGCAAGUUCAAGCUGAGGCCCCGCGUCUUUGUCUACAACCGCAUCAUGGAGGCCCUUGUUAGAACGGGCCAUCUCGAGCUGGCCCUCUCCGUGCACCGGAGCUUCGCCGAGGAUGGGCUCAGAGAAGAGGCCGUCACCUUCAUGGUGCUUGCCAAGGGGCUCUGCAAGGUGGGCAGGGUGGAGGAGGCGCUGCGGCUGGUGGGCCGCAUGAAAGCCGAGCUCUGCUCCCCGGACGUCUUCGCCUACACCGCCAUGCUCAAGCUCCUCGCCGCUGGCGGCCAUGUCGACGGCUGCCUCAAGCUCUGGGCGGCCAUGGCGGAGGAGCAAGACAAAGUGGAGCCCGAUGCGAUGGCGUACACGGUGAUGGUGAGGGCGCUCUGCGCCGCCGGGAGGGGAAGGAAGGGGAUGGAGCUGUUCAGGGAGAUGAAGGGGAAGGGGAUGAUGGUGGACAGGGCGGUGUACGCGGCGCUGGUGGCGGCGCUGGUCGCCGGGGGGGAGGUCGCCGCCGCCUGCGAGCUCCUCAAGGAGAUGAUCGGAGACGGGUACCGCGUUGACCUCGGGAUCUACAGCUCCCUGAUCUCCGGGAUGUGCACCGCCGGAAGGGCCGACAAGGCCUUGAAGCUCCUGAGAAUCGCCGUCGUGGAGGAGGGGCUCUCCCCCGGGCCGGCGGCGGUGACCCCGCUGCUGGGCUUCCACGCCGCCGCCGGAGAGGCGGAGAAGGCGGUGGCGGUGGUGGAUGAGCUGGCGGCGGCGGGGCUGCCCGUCGCCACCCUGCUGGAGAGCUUCUUCCUCGACUUCGCCGGCGGCGGUGGAGAUGGGGACCGGCCGCUGCGGGCGCUGGAGGUCUUCGGAAGGUUGCAGGAGAAGAACGAGGAGAAGAGUAGGAGCUUCUGCAGCAGCGCCGCCAUGUACAAUGCGCUGAUAAGCGGCCUCCGCCUGAGCAAGCAGCCGGAGAAGGCCAUCUCCCUGUUCCGAGGAAUGGCCGAUGCCGCCGUAGAGGGGGACUGUGAGACUUACAGCGGCGUGAUCCCCUGCUUCGUGGACAUCGGCGACAUGCCGUCGGCGUGCUCAUGCUACAACAGGAUGAAGGAGCUCUCGUGGGUCCCCAGAGUGGAGGCCUACAGGGCGCUGGUGAGGGGGCUAUUCCAUAGCGGCGAGAUCGCCGCCGCCGUUGGCGUGGUCAGGGACUGCCUGGGGAGUGUCGCCACCGGCGGGCCGAGGGAGUUCAAGUACGCGGUGGCGGCGCUGCAGGCCUGCCGGAGAGGAGCAGGGAAGGUGGUGGCGGUGGUGGAGGAGAUGGCGGAGGAGGGGGUGCAACCGGAGGAGGCGGUCUGCGCCGCCGUGAUCGAUGGGUUCUGCCGGCACGGCGGCGGCGCCGCCGCCGAAGGGGCGGCGGAGGUGUGGGGGGUGAUGAGGGAGAGGGGGCUGAUCACGGCGGCGGAGGAGGUCGUCUACAGCGAGAUGGUGGAGGAGCACCUGAAGAGGACGGCGGCGGGGCUGGUGCUCUCCGGCCUCAAGUUCUUCGGCUUGGAGGCCAAGAUGAAGCUAACAAGAGAGUUGGCCUACCGCCAUUGA